AACACCUACCACUUGGCCGUUAACCUUUGCAUGGUCAGCCUUCAGCAGCGCCUGCCAGCUUAUUGUCCUUUCUCUAUAUAAAUCUCUGUUCUUUCAGUUCUGUUUAGGUCCACAAUCCUUCUAUUAUCAUGGAAACAAUUCCAUGAAAACAUUCAGAGGAAUAGUCAUUCUCAUCCUCAUGAAGUUUCCAUGAAAACAUUCAGAGGAAUAGUCAUUCUCAUCCUCAUGACGCUGAUAACAUGACCCAUUAUGGCCCCUGCACUCCAAGAAAAAAUCACUGCUGAACUUCCUCCCCAAGUUUGUGUGGGGUUCACCUCACUGUGUUUCCAAAAAAAACAUAUAAUUAAAACCGUAGCUCUGAUAUUUAUCCUAUAUUGAGAAGACUUGUACUGGAAUACCAACGGCAUAGUCUGUAACAUAUAGCAGGCUAGGAUUCGCUGGCUCUGACCAUACUUACCCAGCAACUUCUCUUCGGUGUUGUAACCUUCUAUUAGUGUAGCUAUCAUUGUGAAUGCAGCAUAGUCAUAGUGGUUGGCUCUCCUGAAUUUGUUACUUGCAGUCCAUGUAACAGCUAAUUGUAUAAACAGAAGUCUAGAAUAGGCUUAAAAUUAUUCUACAUGCAACAUCAACAAGCAUAAUUUUGUUUUCUCUCAUUUCAGUUGAGAUCUUUAGAUCUAUUCAAGUACUGAACUACUCGGUCCAGACUCAUGAGAACCAUGUCUCCUCCAUUUCCCAUGCUUCAGCUUCAGCACCAACAAAAAUUCACCAUGACUUUCCUUGGCCUUGUUGUUCUGCUGCUGCUCACCUUUGCUUCGCUCACCAGUUCCUGCACGGAGGACGAGCAGAGCUCCCUCCUAGACUUCCUUGCUCAGCUCUCACCAGGCAGCGAUGGCAACCUCAGAAUGUCAUGGAUGCAUGGUACUGACUGCUGCGCUUGGGAAGGGGUCACCUGCAGAGGUGACAACACGGUCAUGGGUGUCUCAUUAGCUUCUAAAGGACUUACGGGGAGUGUAUCGCCGUCCCUUGGCAAUCUCACAGGGUUAAUGAAUCUCAACCUCUCCCACAAUUCUCUCCAUGGAAUUCUACCGACUGAAUUGGUGAUGCACAACAGCAUCGCUGUCCUUGAUGUCAGCUUCAACCAUCUGACAGGUCCCUUGAAAGAGCUGCGACCUUUAAAUCACAAUCUUCCUCUGCAGGUACUGAAUAUCUCGAGCAACUUCUUUACGGGACAGUUUCCAUCCACAAUAUGGGGCGCAAUGAAGAAUUUGAUUGCUCUUAAUGCUAGCAAUAAUAGCUUUGCAGGACAGAUACCAGCCUCUAUCUGUAAGAGCUCCCCUUCCUUCAGUGUUCUGGACCUUUGUUACAACAAAUUCAGCGGCAAUAUACCUCCAGAACUUGGCAAUUGCUCCAUGCUGAGACUGAUCAAGGUUGGGCACAACGACCUUAGCGGAGCUCUUCCUCAUGAACUCUUCAGUGCUACCUCAUUGGAACACCUCUCUUUUCCUAACAAUGGUUUACAAGGAGUUUUUGAUGGUUCCCAAGUGGUCAAACUCAACAAUUUGACAGUCCUUGAUCUUGGAUCGAAUGGUCUCAGAGGCAAAAUCCCAGAUUCUAUAGACCGGCUAAGAAAAUUGGAGGAGCUCCACUUGGACAACAACCUCAUGUCUGGUGAGCUGCCAUCGACCCUAGGUAACUGCUCAAAUAUCAGGUAUAUCAACCUCAGAAACAACAGUUUUUCCGGAGAGCUUAGCAAAGUCAACUUCACCCUACUCGAUCUGAGAACAGCAGAUUUUUCGCUGAACUACUUCACAGAUUCUCAAGAGCUGCAAGAACCUCACCACUUUAGUAAUGGGAACCAACUUCAACGGCGAAACUAUGCCACAGGAUGAAACAAUUGAUGGUUUUGAGAAUCUUCAGAUACUGACCUUAGAUGGUUGCCCAUUGAUCGGACAAAUCCCCCCUUGGCUGUCAAAGCUCAA